AUGGCCAGUUUUUUGAGCUCCUCUCUGCCCAGCUGCCUCCCCUCCCUCCUCCUCCUCCUCCAGCUGUCUUCCAGCUCUGCAGGACAGUUCAGAGUAAUGGGACCAGGGCAGCCCAUCCGGGCGCUGGUGGGGGAUGAAGCGGAGUUGCCCUGUCGCAUAUCUCCAGGAAAGAACGCUACAGGCAUGGAGGUGGGAUGGUACCGACCCCCCUUCUCCAGGGUGGUUCAUCUCUACCGAAAUGGCAAGGACCAAGAUGAAGAGCAGGCGCCUGAAUACCGGGGCCGCACGGAGCUGCUGAAAGAGACUAUCGGGGAGGGAAAGGUGACCCUCAGGAUCCGGAAUGUAAGGUUCUCAGAUGAAGGAGGUUUCACCUGCUUCUUCCGAGAUCAUUCUUACCAAGAGGAGGCAGCAAUGGAAUUGAAAGUGGAAGAUCCCUUCUACUGGGUCAGCCCUGGAGUGCUGGUACUCAUCGCGGUUCUGCCUGGGCUCCUCCUGCAGGUCACUGUGGGCCUUGUCUUCCUCUGCCUGCAGCGCAGACUCAGAGGAAAAAUUCCAGCAGAGAUAGAGAAUCUCCACCGGACUUUUGGUAAGUUCUGGGGUACCCAGCACCCCAGGUCAGCUUGGUGCUUCACUCGGCUCCUGUUACCUGGGGAUGUAAGGACCCCUGGCUUCUGGUUGGUUUCCUCCCUCUCUUGUUCUUUCUUUGAAUGUCAUCAUACGCACCUAGGAUGGGUUAGAUAA